AUGUUAAUCUUAAAUUUCCUCAUACUACUCCUCGUCGGCUUCUCUGCUGCUUUCCGGAAACAAGGAGCGGCUGUGAAGGGCAAACUGUUCUGUGGAGAUAAAGCUUUGAAAAAUGCAAAAGUCAAACUUUACGAUUUGGAUAGAAAUCCUGGAGAUCCUGAUGAUCUAUUAGACGAAAAGUACACUGAUAAGAAUGGCGAGUUUGCUGUCACCGGAACUACCAGGGAGUUGACUGAUAUCGAACCAGUGCUCUACAUAUAUCAUGAUUGUGAUGAUGGUAUACGGCUUUUGUAUGAAUUCGUUCAGCCUUGUCAGAAGCGGAUCACGCUGAACGUGCCGAAGCGAUUCAUUCAUGGUGGUACACCUAAGGAAUGGUUGGAUAUAGGAGUUGUGAAUGUUGAAAUGGGCUUUCCUGAACAGGAUCGUAGCUGCAAUCAUUAA